GCAGACAAAGCAAGAGCCAACAGGAACACUUGGCUAUUCCUAGAUAAGAUUGAAGGAGGGCUGCACACUCGCUUAGUGAUCGUUUGAAUAGAAAUAGUUAGAGGAGUAAGCAAUGCAUAGUGUUUGUUGAUAUUAAGCAGAAUUAAAUGACGAGAGCAGCUUCCCUUUUCAUAUAUAGGUGAAUGCAUGCUAGUUUUCACUUCUAUGACUACCAAUCAUUGGCAGUCACGAGCAUGACUCUUCAAUUGACUCUCUCCUUCUCUCUCUGUCAUGUGUCAGGACUUUCACUAAACAUGGCGCACAAACUUGUUCAAGUGACUUUGUGUUUGUGGGUUUUUACAAGCUUACUUCUCCCCUCUCCCACUGCUGGCCUAUACCGGGUUAGUUUGAAGAAACAAAGAUUGAAUCUUAAUAGAUUUAAGGCUGCUAGAAUUGCAAUGAGUGGAGGGGGUAUGCUUCAUAACUAUGGAAGUUCAGAUGGAGAAGUAAUACCUCUAAAAAACUACAUGGAUGCCCAAUAUUAUGGAGUGAUAGCCAUUGGCUCACCUCCACAAAACUUCACCGUCUUAUUUGACACUGGCAGUUCCAAUCUGUGGGUUCCUUCUUCCAAGUGCUACUUCUCUAUUGCUUGCUAUUUCCAUUCAAAGUACAAGUCUAGCCGGUCAAGUACAUACACAAAGAUUGGAAAACCUUGUGAAAUAAAUUAUGGGUCUGGAUCAAUAUCUGGCUUCUUCAGUCAAGACAAUGUUGAAGUUGGGGGUGUAGUCGUCAGGGAUCAAGUUUUCGUUGAGGCUACCAGAGAAGGAAGUUUCCCUACAUUUGUUUUGGCAAAGUUUGAUGGAAUCCUUGGGCUUGGAUUCCAGGAGAUUUCAGUGGGGAAUGCUACUCCAGUGUGGUACAACAUGUUGAACCAAGAUGUUGUAAGAGAGGACGUGUUUUCAUUCUGGCUCAACAGGGAUCCCUCGGCCAAUGAGGGAGGAGAACUUGUUUUUGGCGGUGUUGACCCUAAACACUAUAAGGGCAAGCAUACUUAUGUUCCUGUUACUCGAAAAGGCUACUGGCAGUUUGAUAUGGGGGACUUUCUCAUUGGAAACAAUUCCACAGGUGUUUGUGAGGGAGGUUGUGCUGCUAUUGUGGAUUCUGGAACAUCCUUACUAGCCGGCCCCACGGCAGUUGUUACUGAAAUCAAUCAUGCCAUUGGAGCUGAAGGUGUGGUUAGUGCUGAAUGUAAAGAAGUUGUCUCUCAAUAUGGGGACCUAAUAUGGGAGCUCUUAGUAUCAGGGGUACAACCAGACAAAGUCUGUACUCAGAUUGGCUUAUGUGUUUUAAAUGGGACUCGCUAUAUGAGCGGAAUUAAAACAGUGGUUGAGAAGGAAAACAUGGAGGGGUUGUCAGCUGGGGACCAACUGUUGUGCACCACCUGUCAGAUGACUGUUUUUUGGAUUCAGAGUCAGCUUAAACAAAAGGGCACAAAAGACACAGUUCUCAACUACGUGAAUGAGCUAUGCCAGAGCCUACCAAGUCCAAUGGGAGAAUCAGUAAUUGACUGUGCUAGGAUUUCAUUGAUGCCAGAUAUUACAUUCAUAAUAGGAGACAAACCUUUUAAGCUCACUCCGGACCAGUAUAUUGUGAAGAUGGGAGAAGGUAUUACCACAGUGUGUGUGAGUGGAUUUAUGGCUCUGGAUGUCUCCCCACCAAGAGGUCCUCUAUGGAUUCUUGGAGAUGUAUUCAUGGGGGUAUAUCAUACCGUAUUUGACUACGGUAAUCUUGAAAUUGGUUUUGCAGAAGCUGCUUAGUUUCCCAUUAUUCUGAUUCUGUGUCUUACCAUUUAUAUACAUGGUGAUAAUCGUUGCUUCUGUUCUGUGGCAACAAACAAUAUAUAUAGAAUGUAUUUUUUGCUCUUAACCUAUGCAAGCUUGUAGUACUACUCUAUAUGUUUUGCCUUGUUGGUUUUAUGUCAUGCUUGUGGGCUGUGGCUCCAAUUCCAAUA